AUGGGUCAUCAAGCUGCUGAGAUGUAUCGUUGCCCGGUCCAAGCGCCGAAAUUGGAGCAAAAUGAGUUCUCCGCCGUUGAGAGCGAACAUGACGAUCAAAACGAGACCUGGACUACCCACACGCCUCCAAAACUGUCUACACAGCAGUUUUGCAGUGUCGGCGACAUGAGCAUGCUUCCGACGCCCCUGGUGUACACGCCAAUGUCGCCCCACAGGUCUGUGAAAUCACCCGUGGAUUUGAGAUUUGCAAGCACAACAUCGCCACCUAGUGCUCGUUCCAAGAAGAACUACGGCUCUCUUAACUCACCCGUUGCCGAAAGUUUCAAUCGUUCGCAUGUGCUGGAGGAUAAACACCGAAUUUUGUCCGAAUACGCCCCACACAGCGCUGUCGCCGCUGCAACCGCAAACACGCUAUCCCAGCGUAUCACGUCACUCUCAGGGGUGGAUCGCAACCUGGAAACAGUAGAAGAGACUCGCGUUGCGACUACGAACCUAAGCCAUACACCAGAGUCGCUAAGUCCGCUGACCGAUGAACUUCUCACCACAUGGCUCAUUAAAGAACCUUCCCAGCCUCUCCGUUUGCAAAAGAUUCGUCAAAUCGGCGUUGGAAAUUUCAGCGACGUGUAUUUGUACGAGUCUCCAGAGUUUGAUAACAACGAACUUGACGUGGGCGCAAAGUUCGCUGUUAAGCAUGUAAAAUAUCCAGACGCACUGGUUCUCUCGUCAUCGCCGAAAUCCCCACGAUUUCGUGAAUUAUUGUCUCGAGUAGAAAGCUCGCUCAUCCGUGAACUCGACGUUCUCUCCAGCAUAUCGCAUCCAUGCAUCACCAAUCUGAUCGCGAUCAAUAACUUGGCUUUCAUCUCCAGUAGCAGACCUCUCAGUAACGCAAAUCCCACGGCCGGGGACAACCUCCCGCCGUGUGAUAUGGUUUUAUCCUAUUGUGCGGGUGGUGACCUGUUUGAAAUGGCAAGCCAGAAUGUGCUUCCCGAUUGGCUUUUGCGCCGAAUCUUCGCAGAGCUUACUCUCGCUGUAAAAUAUUUGCAUGAAAACUUGAUAGUACAUCGCGAUCUCAAGUUGGAAAACGUGUUGAUAAAGUACCCGUUUGACACGCUGAUAGAGUUACAAGGACGGGACGACCAUGACGGCGCUGCAAGACUGGAGCGCCUUCAUAUUGUGGAAUUGGCGGAUUUUGGACUUUGCCGACGUAUCGCGUCCGACGAGAUGUGUACUACCAGAUGCGGGUCUGAGGACUACGUUUCGCCCGAAAUCCUGAUGGGCGUACCCUACGACGGCCGUUUGAGCGAUACGUGGGCCAUGGGCGUUAUUCUAUAUGCUUUGCUCGAGGGCCGGCUGCCAUUUGAUCCACUGCCCACAGCUGUUCCUGGUAAACGGCAAAGACGCAGUUCCACCGCCCAUAGAAUAUCGCGGUACGAAUGGCGCUGGAUCAAAAUGGCCGAAUCACACUCACCGGCAAAACAGAUAGUGGAGAAUUGUGUCAAUCGUAAAAACUCACGUUGGGAUAUUCAAAAAAUUUUUGAAAGUGAUUUUGUAUCUAGCGAGCUUGCUUCAAUCAAGCAGUUGAAUUGA